AUGAUCUCCCCGGAGCCGCCCCCCGGCCCCCCGGGCGCUCCCCCCGGGCCCCGCCACGUCGUGGCCACCAUCGAGACCCUGGCCGCCGGGCCCCCCGCCGCCGCCCCCCGGCCGGACCCCGCCCCGGACCCGGACCCGGACCCGGACCCGGACGGACCCCAAGACGGACCCCCGGGCGGACCCCAGCCCGCAGCCGCCGCCCCCAGCGCGCGCCAGAGGCUCCGCAGAGCGCUCAACAGGGAGCUUCUGGUCUCCGUGGCGCUGGGCCAGGUUCUUUCCCUGCUCAUCUGUGGCAUUGGCCUGACCAGCAAAUACCUGUCAGAGGACUUCCAUGCCAACACCCCGGUCUUUCAGAGUUUUCUCAACUAUAUCCUCCUGUUCUUGGUCUACACUACCACAUUGGCAGUCCGGCAAGGAGAAGAAAAUUUGCUGGCCAUUCUGAAGCGGCGAUGGUGGAAGUACAUGAUCCUGGGCAUCGUUGACAUUGAAGCGAAUUACUUGGUAGUCAAGGCUUACCAGUACACCACGCUGACCAGUGUCCAGCUGCUGGACUGCUUCGUCAUCCCCGUGGUCAUCUUGCUGUCCUGGUUCUUCCUGCUGGUGCGGUACAAGGUCGUGCACUGCGUCGGGAUCGUCGUGUGCAUCCUGGGCAUGGGCUGCAUGGCCGGGGCCGACGUCCUGGCGGGCCGCCAGCAGGGAUCAGGAGAAAACAAGCUGAUCGGGGACCUCCUGGUGCUGGGGGGCGCGACGCUGUAUGGCAUCUCCAACGUGUGCGAGGAGUACAUCGUGCGCAACCUGAGCCGCGUGGAGUUCCUGGGCAUGAUCGGCCUCUUCGGCUCCUUCUUCAGCGGCAUCCAGCUGGCCAUCAUGGAGCACAAGGAGCUGUUGAAGGUGGCCUGGGACUGGCAGAUUGGGCUGCUGUACGUGGGCUUCAGUGCCUGCAUGUUCGGCCUGUACAGCUUCAUGCCAGUGGUUCUGAAGAAGACCAGCGCCACAUCCGUCAACCUCUCCCUGCUCACGGCAGAUCUGUACAGCCUCUUCUGCGGCCUGUUCCUCUUCAACUACAAGUUUUCAGGCCUUUACCUCCUGUCCUUCUUCACGAUCCUCAUCGGGCUACUGCUCUACUCCUCCACGUCCACCUACGUGGCCCAGGACCCCCGCGUGUACAAGCAGUUCCGCAACCCGGCCGGCCCCGUGGUCGACCUGCUGACCCCGGCCCCGACGGAGCCCGCGGUCACCUACACCAGCCUGGGCCAGGAGAUGGAAGAGGAGCCCCACGUGCGCGUGGCAUGAGUCAUGGCCGGCCCUCCCGCCUGCCCCCGGAGAAAGGUAUUUGCUGGAGCUCCUUGCCCUGGGGCCUCCAGGAUCCGGACCAGAAGUUCCCGAGGGGACCAGUAGACUGUCCUGCAGCUGCCCCUGUGGGAUCUCCGGGGCCUGUGGCCUCUGACUCUGCCCUUCCAUCCCACCCACCCCCCCUCCUUUGAGGGGCCACAACCCCUGAACACAAGGGGAUUCUGCGGCCCUGGGAAACGUUGCCGGGGCCCCACAGAGCUGCCCGCCCAACCCCUGGACGUCUGUCCUUCUGGCCUUUCCCAGAGCAGGUGAGGGUCUGACUCCCUCAGACCUCCCAGGACCCUGCUCUCCCACAGACGUGGCUCCAGUGGUCCUCGACUGGGCAGGGCAGGGAGGGGGAUUGGUGGGCAGCUUUUGAGGGGAGGUCAGGCUUCCGACCGCCCCAGCCUCUGUUCCAGCGGGGGAUGUCCAGUGAGCAUUUUUGACCUCUUGUAAUCCACCGCCCAUUCCGGGAAACGGGAUCUUUCGACUUUGGGAUUUCAUUGUUUAGAGUUGGGUCAAACGGGGGCCUACUGAGGCAAUCCCCUCCCCCUGGUUUUCCAUCCCCUCCACCGAGCAAGGCUCUUCCUGCUGAUGAAACGUGUGACGCGGAGGGCCCGGGGAGGCCCAGCCUCUCCCCGGCUCGGACUUCGGAUUGCCAGGAGCCACUCGGUGACCUUUCCCAUCCUAACGACCAAGAGGGGAACAUUUCCACCAUGGAAACACCCUCGGCUGCCUGGAGACCUACGUGUAGGACGCUGAGAACAAGCAGUUGUGCCGAAAUUGAAGGGGAGCUGGGUCCACCGGCCUGGUGAUCCCACCCUUCAGCCCUCCCUGGCUGCCUACUCUUGGGGCAUACUUGAAAAGUGUGGCUGAAUCCCCCGUCCCUUCUUCCAGACAUGGUUUUCCUAGACGAUGGUUGUGCAGGUGACUACAUUUGGGUUUUCUGGUACACAUUUCAAUCCCCCGAAGCUGUUCACUGGUAUUUAUUAAUACAGGAAACUCAGGGCCAUCUGGAUGAGCUGGCACAAUCACACUUUCAGGAAUCAAGAACAUCCUUAUGCCAGCCUGGGUAGUUUCCUUGCGGGUCCCCACAGCCAAGAGGGCCCUCGUUGGAGCGGCAGACUUUAGGGAAAAAAGUCAAGGAUCUAGGAAAACCAGAGAGAGUUCACUUUGGGUCACCAGAGGGAACAGUAGAGACAAGGUAGGGAGAGUAAGAAGUGUUAGAUUGUCCAACCCUGACCAUGAGGGUGGGUGUCCAGGAGGGUGGGAGCCCUGGUGACCCUGUUUCAGACAGAGUCCUGAACCAGACUGACUCAGGAUGGUCUGCCAUUGACUAAAAACAACAAUCAAAGCCAGCAAUUGGGCGGAUUCCCUCUCCAUCCCUUUGUGAUCCUCGCAGGGCCCCUUCCGGAAGGACUUUCCCUGAAGUUUUUAAUGGAAUCCAAGGCAAGCAUUAGGGUGGGAGAAAGCGGUGGCCCAGGCGGGAAUGCUCUAGCAAGACAAGAAGCUCUGGGUUUUGCCAAACGAGCCACCUCAUUUGAGUUUAUUCCAAUGGACGGCGGAGGGGAGAGGUUUGAUGCAGACUCUGGGAGAGGGUCUCACCAAAGCACUGACCCUCAGGGGCAGGGUCUGCCCACUGGUGUGUCCUAAGAAGGGCAGUCUGGCCCAGAUCCAACCUUCCUCUCCAGGGGACACACACCCUAGAGAUGGGAGUGGUGGGGGAGGGCAGGACUAUUGCGCUGUUUGGAUUCCUCCGUCACCACCUCUGCUCCCCUGCACCCCCCACCAUAGCAAUAGGUUUUUAAUCACCUCAAAUCCCUGGAGCGCCCACCCCUUUGGGC